UUAGAGAAACAAGCGAGUUUAUUGGGCCUUGACCCGUAAGUAUUGUUUGGAUCCAAGCCCAGCCGUCAACAUAGUCUGGCAGCGAAUAAACAAGAGGAAAUUUCGUUUAGCUUCAUCCAAUUUCACGACCGGGUCAAACUUUUACCAGCUAUUGGAAUCGAUUUGUUUGUUCAAUUCCCGGGUGAGUUCUUCUCCGUUCACUGUAAUGAUUUAUUUCAUUUGUAUGGAUAGUAAUAUGCGUAUGUAGUAGAAGGAUCUGGAGUUCUGAAUUUCCGGUGAAAUUUAGUGUUCAAUUGGAGUUGGAGUUAUUUGACACUUUUAUAACCAGCAUUUACAUUGAUCUUUAUGGCAUCUCGAAGAAACAUUCCCUACAGUCGUCUUGCUGAUGAUGAAGAUGAUUCUUAUGAUGGUAGCGGAGAAAGGCAAAAGGACCCUCGAUUUGACUAUAGCCCUAAAUCUUAUGAUAAAAUUCCAUGGAAAUCCAUCAUCCUUGCACUUUUCCUGCUCUCCCUGGGAUGCCUACUUCUCUUUCUUUCAUUCUUCAUUUUCACAGGUCACAUGGGUGGAGACCGUUCCCAAGCAUACGGCCUUUUAGGACUCGGAAUUCUUACCUUCCUGCCAGGCUUCUAUGAAACUCGAAUUGCAUAUUAUUCCUGGAGAGGUGCCCAAGGCUAUCGCUUUGCUUCAAUUCCCGAUUAUUAAGGUUUUUUGCUGUUUUAUCCACCCUAGCUUUGAUGUUUAUGAACAAGUUUUUGUUUGAGUUAAUGACAUAUAUUUUACCAUGUGGAACUGUCAGCCUUCACAUUUGAUUACUUUUAAGUAUCUGAGUUGUACCAAACAUGUAGUUACUGUAAUUGGCCUGAGCAGAAAUCCUGUACCAUAUUCAGAUAUUCUUCAAGAAUGGCUUGUGUAAAA